AGGGCCAGUGCUCAGAGGUGGGUUGGGGGUGGAACCAAGGGACGGUGCUCGGAGGUGGGUAGGAGGUGGAACCAAGGGACGGUGCUCAGAGGUGGGUUGGGGGUGGAACCAAAGGACGGUGCUCGGAGGGGACGGUGUUCGGAGGUGGGUAGGGGGUGGAACCAAGGGACGGUGCUCGGAGCUGUGUUGGGGGUGGAAACAAGGGACGGUGCUUGGAGGUGGGUAGGGGGUGGAACCAAGGGCUGGUGCUCGGAGGUGGGUAGGGGGUGGAACCAAGGGCUGGUGCUCGAAGAUGGGUUGGGGGUGGAACCAAGGGACGGUGCUCAGAGGUGGGUAGGGGGUGGAACCAAGGGAUGGUGCUAGAAGAUGGG